AUGGCCUCGCAGCAGCUCUUCCGCGCGCUGGUGUCAGCUCAGUGGGUGACCGAGGCUCUGCGCGCCCCACGCUCGGGGUCGCCCCUGCAGCUGCUCGACGCCUCGUGGUACCUGCCCAAGCUGGGCCGUGACGCGCGCCGCGAGUUCGAGGACCGCCACAUCCCGGGCGCCGCCUUCUUCGACCUGGACCAGUGCAGCGACCGCACGUCUCCCUACGACCACAUGCUGCCCGGCGCGGCGCACUUCGCCGAGUACGCGGGCCGCCUGGGCGUGGGCGAGCACACGCACGUGGUGGUCUACGACGCCAGCGACCAAGGCAUGUACGCCGCGCCGCGCGUCUGGUGGAUGUUCCGCGCCUUCGGCCACCGCGCUGUGUCGCUGCUGGACGGUGGCCUGCGCCACUGGCAGCACCUGGGCCUCCCGCUCAGCUCGGGCAAGAGCCAACCGGUGCCCGCCGAGUUCCGCGCCCACCUCGACCCCGCCUUCGUCAAGACCUUCGAGGACAUCAAGGAGAACAUCGAGUCCCGCACCUUCCAGGUGGUGGACGCCCGCGCCGCCGGCCGCUACCGGGGCACAGAGCCGGAGCCCCGAGAAGGCAUCGAACCUGGCCACAUCCCCGGCACUGUGAACAUCCCCUUCACAGACUUCCUGACGCAGGAGGGCCUGGAGAAGAGCCCUGAAGAGAUCCACCACCUGUUCCAGGAGAAGAAGGUGGACCUGACCCGGCCACUCGUGGCCACAUGUGGCUCUGGUGUCACAGCCUGCCACGUGGCGUUGGGGGCCUACCUGUGUGGCAAGCCUGACGUGGCCAUCUACGACGGCUCCUGGGUGGAGUGGUACAUGCGUGCCCCGCCUGAGGAGGUCAUCUCCGAGGGCCGAGGGAAGACCCUCUGA